AAGAUGUUUUGUGUUGCCGAUCAUGAGGAUUUCCUUACUCACCGGAAUGUGUGGGUAAAUGGUCCAGUAAUUGUCGGCGCCGGCCCUUCUGGACUCGCCGUCGGUGCCUGCCUCAAAGAACAGGGUGUACCCUUUGUAGUCCUUGAAAGAGCAGACUGCAUUGCCUCUCUAUGGCAAAAACGCACCUAUGAUCGCCUUAAGCUUCAUCUCCCCAAGCAUUUUUGCCAACUCCCUAAACUCCCAUUCCCAGAAGACUUCCCUGAGUACCCAACCAAGAAACAAUUCAUUGAUUACCUAGAAUUGUAUGCCAAGAAAUUUGAGAUCAACCCAAAAUUCAAUGAGUGUGUUCAAUCUGCAAAAUAUGAUGAAACUAGUGGGUUAUGGCGUGUGAAGACAGUCUCUACUAGCCACAGCUCCGGCCGUGCCGAGGUUGAGUACAUUUGUAGGUGGCUUGUGGUGGCCACAGGUGAGAAUGCAGAGUGUGUGGUACCAGAUAUUGAAGGCUUAACUGAGUUUGGUGGUGAUAUUGUACAUGCCUGCCAUUACAAGUCUGGUGAGGAUUACAGAGGAAAAAGAGUACUAGUUGUUGGCUGUGGCAAUUCAGGCAUGGAAGUCAGUCUUGAUCUUUGCAAUCAUAAUGCUCAACCAUCCAUGGUGGUUCGCAGUUCGGUUCAUGUAUUGCCAAGGGAAAUCUUUGGGAAAUCGACGUUCGAAUUGGCGGUUCUUAUGUUGAAAUGGUUACCACUUUGGCUAGUUGAUAAGUUGUUACUGAUAAUGGCAUGGUUUGUGCUUGGAAAUAUUGAGAAAUAUGGACUGAAGAGGCCUGUAAUGGGUCCAUUGUUGCUCAAGAACACUGAAGGAAAGACCCCUGUUUUGGAUGUUGGUGCAUUACAGAAGAUCAAAUCUGGUGACAUCAAGGUUGUUCCUGCAAUCAAAAGGUUCUCACAAGGUAGAGUUGAGUUUGUUAAUGGAGAAAAUCUUGAAGUCGAUUCGAUUGUUCUCGCUACUGGUUAUCGCAGCAAUGUUCCUUCUUGGCUACAGGAAAGUGAAUUUUUCUCUAACAAUGGAUUCCCAAAGGCUUCAUUCCCAAAUGGGUGGAAAGGAAACACUGGGCUUUAUGCAGUUGGGUUCACAAGGAGAGGGCUCUCUGGUGCCUCCUCUGAUGCUAUGAGAAUAGCACAAGAUAUUGGGCAAGUCUGGAAAGAAGAAACAAAGCAGACAAAGAAGAGGAUUGCUUGCCAUAGAAGAUGUUUUUCACAGUUCUGAUCAUGCAUCACUUCAACACUACAUGAAGAUUCAUCAUUGUAUUCUUUUAUUUUCUUUGUUCUGGAUUGGCAACCGAUCGAUCCAUCGAUUGUGGUAGCCGGACAGAGAUCGAUCGUGUACAAUAAAAAAAAUGUACAAUAGGACAAGAGAAACAUAGCAAAAGAAACAGUUAGCACAGUGAGCCCUCUCCACAAGCCUAAGUUUUGAAAAGAAUUGGGAAUUUUGUGUAUAGAGGAAGAUGAGGCUUUUUUUUUUUUCCUAAUUUUUGUAUACUUUCAUUCAGUU